AUGACCGGCCGAAAGCUUGAGCUCGGCGGUCGCAAGAAGCUCUGGUGGCUUGUGCGCCGACCGUGCCCUGACCGUGCGCCAUCCGUGCGUCCCGAGGUGCUACCGGAGGACUUUCACCUGCGAGAUAUCACCAACAGCCACGGUGAGGUGAGAUGGUCUUGA